ACACACACACACACACACACACACACAGGAAAGUAGUGAUCGUGCGACAAUCUGCGAUACACUUGUGAAGAAUGGCAGCUCAGCGGCUUUUCAAUGUCAGGCGUCAGUUUGUGGAUGGUGUGACAGCCCCAGUUAUAAAGGAUCUCCUGAAUGACCUUUUAGCCGAUGGAGUCUUGAAUGAAAGAGAGCGAGACUCUGUGUUGGAGGAGAGGCGUGCCAGAGCAGACCAGGCAGAAUGUCUGAUAGACAUGGUGAGGAAGAAAGGAAACGAAGCCAGUCAAAAGCUGAUCGAUCACCUGAAGACCAGAGACUCUAAACUUCACCCUGUUCUGUUUCCAUCCGCUGACCAAGAGGCUGCUGCUGCAGAGCUCCAGUUCCCGAACCUCAAAUGAGCAGAAUCGUCUUCAUUAAAUUACAUGGAAAUAGAGAACCUGAAGAAGUAUGGAGGUCCCCCCUAAUCAAACGAUUCUAAAAGUCAAAAUACAUAACAGAUUCCUGAUAUCUGAAUUAAUCGGGAGGUCUCCUUACCUCCUAACCCAAUCCCUGGAAGAAGAGAUUAAAUUGAAAUAUAUCUGCUGGUUUGUACAUAAAAAAAAAAAAAAUUUGACUUGGCCUGUGAGACAACCUUAAUGAAAUAAGAGACACAAUGGCAACAUGUACAAUUGUAUAAGAGACACACUGACAAUAUGUAUAAUUGUGUAAUACUUUAUCAGCAUUUUGAUGAUUCUUGUGAACACUGCCUGGAAGCUAGAUACAGUGCCCAUCGGUAAUCACUGGCCCCGUGGAAAAGAUGAGCCAUGAAGCUGCAGAGAAGUUUUCAAAUUAAAUGACCUUUUUAUAAUUUGUAUUAUUAUUAUUAUUUGCACAAUUUCACCACUAUUCCUAGCCUUAUUAAUUGGGGUCCAGUGCAUGAAAGUCUAUCCCAUGGCUCAGACAAGCUCUGAAUGUCAUGUGAU